CCUCAAUUGCCACCAAUAAUUGCCUGGGUGCGGAGGUAAACACCAUAAAGCGAAAUGCUGUUUUAAAAACACAAUCUGCCUCUGUUGUGGGAAACACGGCCAUUUAGCCAAGGUCUGCAGGGCAGCUGCUCCUUGCCCUAGUGCUUUAGAGGGCACCUUACCCAACCCUUGCCAAUAUUACAGAAAGCCCUCCAAAUUCCCUAAGGAGUCUACUCUCAGGAAAAGAGAAUCCUGUUUCUCUGUCAAUGAGGGAGGAGGCUGAAAUUUACCAGAUUACCUAUAGUCUGAGGUGAAUUUUUUUUAUAACAGUCAAAUUGGAGAGGCAAUGCCCUAUGGAAGUGGACACAGGAUCUGCUGUCUCCAUAGUUUCUUGGAAGACUGCUAAAAACCUCAUGCCUAAUUUGGUCCAGACAAGGUUGAGACCAUGCCUGUUAAACCUAAGGGAUUUCCAGGGGAAUCCCAUUCCGGUUUUAGGCAAAUAUUUUUGUAGGGUGCAGUUUAAACAAUUUUGCAGAAAGUUAUCUUUAAUUAUAGUUAAAAGGACCAUGACCAAGCCUAUUAGGGUUGGAGUGGUUUGAAGCCCUGGAGUUGAGGGUGACUGGAAUUGACCAGAUCCAAUGUAAUCCAUAUCUGGAUAUGUUGACUAAAGAGUUUCCAGAAGUUUUGGGGGAAGGGUUAGGUAAGUAUACUGGCAACCCAAUUUCGUUUAAUCUAGAUUCCCAGGUUCCUCCAUGGCAUCUUAAGCCACACAGAAUGCCUUUCACAUUAAAACCUAAGGUUGACACAGAAAUAGAUAAGUUACUGGCUCAAGGGAUACUAGAACCUAUUGAUAACGCCCGUUGGGAAACGCCUAUUGUGACCCCAAUUAAGAGUGAUGGGUCUGUGUGUAUAUGCACUGAUUUUAAGUGCACUUUGAACAGGGCGUUGCAACAGUGCGCAUACCCUGUCCCCAUGGUGCAGCAUUUGCUGCAUUCUCUGGGGCAGGGCACCAUUUUUGCUAAAUUGCACCUAACACAGGCGUAUCAGCAGUUGCCUGUAGCUGAAGCAACUGCUGAGGCGCAGACUAUUGUCACGCAUAAGAGUGCGUUCAAGUGCCACCGACUCCAGUUUGGAGUCAGUCUGGCUCCUGGACUUUUUCGUCCCUUAUUUCGACAACGUCCUGGUAUCAGCAAGGUCCCUAGCCGGCCUACUGUCCCACCUCCAUACCAUACUUUGCUGGUUAAGAGACGUCGGCUUGAAGUUAAAGACAACCAAAUGCCAGAUCGCGGUGCCUCAGGUCGAAUUUCUGGGAUUUUUAGUAGACGCAAAGGGAAUCCAUCCUACCCUUGACAAAGUGCAAACUAUACAACAAGCUCUGAUGCCGUCCACCAAAGCUGAACUACAAGCUUUUGUAGGGCUCUUACAUUUUUAUAACAUUUUCCUGCUACAUAGGGCACCGCUGGUAGAGCCCCUACACCAUUGACUAGAUCGAUCAGCAAAAUGGGCGUGGGGAAAGCAGAAAGCCGCGGAUUUUCAAGCUGUAAAAAAUCUCACUUCUAACAGCGUCCUCCUGCAAUAUGAUGAGUCUCUACCUUUAGUUUGGCAUGUGAUGCUUCCCCUUAUGGGAUUUGUACAGUCCUGAGCCACAGACUGCCAUCAGGACUAGAAGCUCCAGUUGCAUUUUUCUCUCGCA